UCUUCCGGUCCAUACCUCUGUCAAAAUGGCUCGUCCCCUACCAUUUAAAGUUGUAGUCGUCUCUUCUGUUUUAUUUGUCGUAUGCACAAAUUUUGUAUGUUGUAACAAUGGCAGAAGGGUUGGAGAUGUUAUGGAUACUGAUUUCAGCGGUUUCUCGGUACCGCUUGAACACUCAUUUGAAGUUGAUGAUGUAGCAAAGUUUCGCGUGCGAGGAGCAUUGGGGUUGAAAGGUGGACGGGAGCCCUCUGUUUCACUAAGUCAGAACCAGCUAUCAGAGGAAGACAGAACCAAACUGAAGGAAGUUGCUGCAGUGGACGGUCUAUACAGAAUCAGAGUGCCUCGUGUUUUCCUGCAGGCAGACAGACAGACAGAGCGGCAGAUGGAAGGUUACCUCACAGCAUUUGUCAGAGCUUGUGCCAUGGUCGAGUCCCACCUGAGCGACGUCAUCUCCCUCCACACUGACGUCUCUGGGUACCUCAUCGGUGUCUCCAUAGUGACGUUACCUGGAGCCUGCAGGGGCACUGAGGUUGAGGAUGAAGUUGAUCUUGAAGUUUUCAACACCACACUCAGCAUCAUGGCUCCUGUCAAUGCCCCAGGCCCUGAGACGGCUCUGUUCCUCGAACGAAUGGAACAGGAAUCUGAGAAGAAAGGGAAGAAUCCACAAGAGCAGAAAUCUUUCUUUGCUAAAUAUUGGAUGUACAUUGUGCCGCUCGUUCUCUUCCUGAUGAUGUCUGGUGCUCAGGACCAAUCAGGUGGAGGAGCCGGGGGUGGAGCAGCCAAUGGAGGUGGCCGAUGAUCAACACAUUACAGCCUCUUCUUUUUUUUCUUUUUUUGGUGAACAUUUCCUGAACAACAAUUCUCUUGAACAGUUUUUAAUUGCUGUACAUAAUGCUAUUUAAGUAGGAUGAAUGUUCG